CUCCUCCUCCUCUCCGCCAUCGCCAUGCCGAACCGACAGAAGCAGGUUCUGUUCAGCUGCGCCGGCCUCCUGAGCCUCUGUUGCGCCCUGUCGGCUGCUGUCGUCACCGGGCUGCCCUACUGGCUCCGCGGGGUCGUGCUCUGCCGAACCGGAGCCGAGCUGGUCAACGCCACCGGAGCCGAACUGGACCAGUUCCUGGGGCAGCUGAGCUUCGGGCUUUUCCACGGGGAGCGGGUGAAGCAGUGCGGCCUGGGCGGCAGGCCGUCCCGGUUCUCAUUUUUCCCAGACCUGCUGGCCGGAAUCCCGGCCGGCCUCCACGUCUCCAUCGUCUUCUUCUGCAGCGUCGUGGUCGUCUUCUCCUCCGUGGCCUCCGGGUUCUUCUUCUUCAACGCCUUCGGCCGGCCCUACGAGACGCUGCAAGGCCCCAUGGGACUUUACCUGUGGACCUGCGUCUGCUGUGCGACCAGCUGCCUGGUUCUGAUCCUGUUUGCCUCGGAGGUGAAGAUCCACCGCCUCUCUGAGCUCAUCUCCAACUUCAGGGAGGAGAACUUUGUUUUCCAGACGCACCUUGAACGCUACGACCGCUGCUUCUGGAUCUUCUUCCUCAUCCUCAUCCUCCACGGACUCAACCUGGUUCUGAUCCGGCUCACGGGGAUCGAGUUCCCGUUCCGGGGGAAGAAAGACGUGGAGCUGAGCGGCGGCGCGGCCGACCUCAUGUACUGAUGGACUCGCUGCUGCAGUCCAAUCAGUCAUUGAUUAUUGAUCAGAACCUGAACGAUCGGGUCGAAUCUGGAUGAUCCGACUGAUUCUUUAUUAAUUCUGUUUGUAACUUUUUUUAGAGGAAAAUAAACUUGUUCUGACUAAA